CGGACAUUAUGCAGCUAUGUUUGAAAACACGACCAUUGUCCUGCACGCCGCGCUGCUGCUGCGACGUCUGCGCACUGCCUCCGUCACGCGAGCACUUAUAUUACUAACUCCGCGAUAUGUUGCACCGGUACGCAGAGCACGCAGCAAUGCACUCACGGUAUUCCCAAAAAUGUCAUUCGUGGUUACCUUGGCAAUCACGAUAGUAAUAACCAAGUCACCAGUCAGUGGUUUCACCAUACCUCGGCAACUAAGUAUUUUGGAUUCCACACCAGAUCUUGAAACUGGAGAGAGUACGCAAUUAGAAGUAAGAUCUGAUUUGAAGAUUUUAAAUAAUAGUAACAGCAAUGAUCUCAGGAAGACCAAUGAAUCGGAUUCGAGUGUAAUAGCAAUAAAUGACCCAAACAAUAGAGAGAAAAAUUACACUUUGAAUAAGAAUGCAACACAGCAGACUGUUAAUAAAACCGAUGAUACCGAUAUACAAACAAAUGUACCAAAAAAUGAUAAAUCUGAAGACAAUACCGACCACCCGAAUACAAAUUCAAUACGAACUAGUCAAAGUAUUACUACUUCUGCACCAAGCACGAGUCAGACAACGACAAGAGAACCUGGAAUUAGUACUGCCGCAGAACAAACUUCACUUACUACUGAUUCGCAAAUUAAUAUAACUAAAAAGAGUUCGAAUACCAUUGCUAAUGAUAGCAAAGUGCAAAGUGAAAACUAUACAGAAUCAAAAAGUUAUCGAAAUAGUUCCGAACCCAUGCAAACUUCUGUUAAUAUCAAUGUUACUGAUAAUAUUACUUCUAUAGCAAAGCAUGAAGCAGUCAACAUUAACGAUACUUCCAACAAUAAUAACACUAUCAAAAAGGAUAAUAAUAAAAUGAUCAAUCGUGGAACCGACAUAUUUAUUUUAAACGAUACGGAAUUUAAAUCUGCCGCUGAACGUAAAGAUCCACGCUCAAUAUUUGAUUUACAAAAUCUGGAUAACAAAAACCAAAGCAAUAACAGUGACCAAGAAGCUGAUCAAACAAAUUCAAAAGAACUAAGUUCAAUAACACCAACUGAUACAACGUCAACAAUUGACACUUCUACGUAUUAUCCUGAACUAAAGACUGACGUUACGAAAGUAGAUACCACAACAGAAGCGACCACUAAUACAGAUUAUUCAACAGCUAAAACUCUUACCUCAGAUUUUAAAACACUAUCGUUGCCACCUUGGAAAAAAUAUACUAUAAUUGAUAGAAAACGUACGAGCACUGAAGAUACCACAGCAUCAACUAAAGAAAUGGCUGUAGCGGAAACUGCUCAAAUAAGUUUAGAUGAAGUGCUCAAUAAUACAUUCAUACCAUCAUUAGAAAAAUUAAAAAAUGACCUCUUAAAUUCUCAAGAGUCAACAACUAGUAAGCUUGAAACAUCCAGUGCUACAGGGACAACAAAUGUAAACAUUACAGAAAGUUCUGAAACGCCUACUCCAAGUAUGAUUGUUACAACGGAAACUGGAAAUACAAAGUUAGAACUAGUGUCAAAAAGAGCAGGUUAUAAGGAUAAUCGAGAGACAACGAUGACACAGCUUUAUGAAGCCACCACCUCAGAGCUUCCACCAACACUAAGCAAAAACAACACUGAAAUGUUUAGUUCUAUGUACGAAACAGAAGCCAGCGAAGUUGAGGGGCCAGACACCAAGAAUGUUACUGUGUAUGAGUCGCAAAGUCAAUUGGCGGAAGACGCGAUCAAAGAAGAGUUACUAAAAGAAGAAAUGCUCAACGACAAUGAAGAGAAUGCUAAACGGUACGUCUUACCCAGAGUCGAGGAUUCGAAAGAUGAAAAGUAUAGCGAAGGACUUGUGACUGUACCUGAAAGUGACACCGAGGAUAUGCUCAGCGUUAAACCUAUUGGGAUCGAAAAAAAGAAAAAUACGAUAUUAUAUACUGUUAAUCCAAGUUAUAAACCACUUAAGAAAAUUGACGUACAACCGCCAAAGCAAUUCGUUCGCGAUCCAGAUGACAACAGCUGGAGAAAUGAAAGUAUCAGUUCUCUAGGAAUUGUGUUCAAACCAAAGAAUGCAUCAAAAUCAUUCACACAAGUGUUAAAGAAUAAAACUGAAAUAGAGUUAGCGAAUAUGACUGACAGAGAUAACAAAGACGAUGUCCCAGAUUUAAGGGUAAGACUAGAAAAGAUAGCGGAAGUAAGAAAAUCAAAGAAAAGGAUCAACAAGUUUGGAGAUACAGUAUACAGCGAUUACGAGGAGUCAGGGGAACGUGCAAACCUUUCUCUUAAAGAAGACACAACUACACCGUCCUUUGAGGACUCAAUUCUGGACUUCACUCCUCCACCUAUACCAAAAUCACUUACAACAGAAAUAGAUUUGUCUAUAAAUGCGAUAUCAACGGAUACUUUCAGCCUUUUCAAAAACGAUAUGAAACCUCCAACAACAAAUAAGCCAAAGAAGUUCUACAACGUGGCAGAGUACUACGAUGCUACGGACGAGUAUGACGCUGAUUAUGUAAAUCAGCACAAAAUAGAUUUAAAGAAAUUUACUAAACCACUAACAACAAAAGAAACACCUGUUACUCCCCCUCCGCAGGUAUUUCAAACUAAACCUAUGAGAGAAUAUCAACCUGAGAGAAAAGCUACGCUACAAUAUUUCCCACCUACGCAAAAAAAUACUCAAAAAGUAAAUAUAAACGAUUAUGAUGUCGAUUUUAACCGAAAAGUAAACUUGUAUACCAUGAAAGCGCCUCUUAGGACCUCACCUACUUCCUUUGCAACAGCAUCUCCUGUUGCUACCGAGAAGUAUCUGCCUGUGAGUAAAGUAACGAUAAGGCCUACCUACACACCAAUGUACCAGACUGAGGGCUUGGAAAGGAACCCAUACCUGACUACUCAGCCACGCGUCACAGACUCCCCCAACGGAUUUGUACCAAACGACGGAAAUUUCAACAGAGCGUCGUACGUAAUCAAACACUACCGAGACUUUAUCAACGAAGCGGCUAAAGAGAGUGAAGACGAACGAGGCGAGUACCAGUACACAGAGCCUCCACUCCGCGGCGUCACCAUCACUGAGCUCACGAAAAUGACCACUUCCAAGGAUACCAACCCGGGUGAUGAUGAUUACGAGUACGAUGUGAAAUUCCGUAAAGAUAUUAUGAACAGAUUUGUCGAUAACUUCAACCAGAACAGCGAGAGAUUCAAGGUGGACUUUCCAAUACUAUACAACAGUAGUAUUGUACACAGACAAACACCAGAGAAUGGAAGAAUAGCUUCUUCGACUGCAUUCAUAAAGAGGUUGUACGAAGUCAACGAGCCCAGGGCAUCAAACUUCUUGUCCCACAGGAAGCCGUGCGACCCGCACUGCGACCCUAACCUGACGGUGGAGCUGUCUCCCGCGUAUGAGCUCCACUACUACGUCCCGGAUCAAGAAGAGAAGGAGGAAAUGGAACAGAAACCCGCCACAGUACCAUACCAGUACAGAUUAUGAAAUACACGAAGCGUGCAUGUUAGGAAAUAAUUUGAAUUACUUGAUAUAGUGCGAGAGCGGUGACACUGUUAUGUCAUUCAAUGUAUUGGUGCUUAUCGUGACUUACGAUUGUCGAAUUGUCGGCGGAGCAUACUUAAAUAACACAUAUUUAUAUAGCACAAACUUGAAUGGUCAGUGAAAUGUGACUGUAUUGGGACUGUAUUAGAUAACUUUAUUCAUUAAAAUAUAGUAAAGGUAAGCAGGUACUUACUUAAUGCACUAUCGUGAUCUAGCCGGUAGGUAUAUAACAGGUUCUUGGUUAAAACCUGAAAUAAAUCAAGGAUUGUUCUUUCAUAUAUUGCCUUCCAGUUAACUAUGUAGCUUCACUCGGAAUGACAACGCGUUGUUUCUUCAUUUAGAUGUAUUGUUAUGACAAAUUGCCAAAGAUGUAAUUUUUAGAAUUUUAUUAUACCUACACCUAAAUCUGUGUACCUAGAGGUGGGUGAGGUAUCUUGCCUAUAUACUUUUCCCUCAGUCUUAUUUCUUUUAUAUAGCCAAUUAUUGGUGUAUUAGGAUGAGGUUGCUAAGGUAUGUAAUAGUUAAUCAAUGAUGGUCCGUAUUACAUAAUAAGCUGUUGUGUAAAUACUUAUAUCUGGAGACAAUGAAACUAACUGUAGGUUUGCCGUAGCGAGUAAACACUGCAUCUUGUAAGACAUUGUCACUUUCUAUAUCGUGUGUCGGAUGAUUGAUAGCGCACCAUUCCUCACUCACCGGCUUGUGUGUACGGACUUAGUUUCAUAAAACACGAGUAUCGAGUCAUUACCGCAGUUGUAGACAACAACUUGUACUAUAUUGGAAAUUUGUUGUGUACUAAACUGUCCUUAGUAAACUCGGAUGCUUUUUUAUAAAAUUUCGAAGGAAACGUUAUGAGUUUGUGACUUUGUGAUAAUAAAAUACAAUUUACGUAGA